AGCAGCGGCAGGCAGCGCCGCAGCCGCGGGGCUGUCAGGGAGCGCCCCGGCGAGCGCGCGGCCGCGGGGCGCUGCGGGAGGAAGGAGGAGGCAGGGCCCGGGACCCCCUCGGCAGACAUGGACUUGCAUUGUGACUGUGCUGCCGAAACCCCGGCCGCCGAGCCGCCGGCCGCCAAGAUUAAUAAAGCCGCCUUCAAACUGUUCAAGAAGAGGAAAUCGGGGGGCACCAUGCCCAGCAUUUUCGGGGUCAAAAACAAAGGGGACGGGAAGAGCUCGGGCAAGACCGGGAUGGUGAGGAGCAAGACGCACGACGGCUUGGCCGAGGUGCUGGUGCUGGAGAGCGGCAAGAAGGAGGACCCCAGCGGGGGACCCCAGGGCGGCGGUGGCGGUGGCAGCCGCGGGGACCAGCUCAGCCCCGAUGCGCCCAGGGCCGCCGCCACCGGCGUGGGCUCUCUGGCUAACAGCUCGGUGGCCAAGUCCCACAGCUUCUUCUCCCUUCUGAAAAAGAACGGGCGGUCUGAGAACGGCAGAGGGGAGCCUGCGGAGGCAAACAAGGCUGGCGGCAAACAAAAGAGGGGACUGAAGGGGAUCUUCCACAGCAUGCGCUGGCACAAGAAGGACAAGCGCGGCAAGGAGGAGGACAAGGAGGAGCCGGCCGCCGUCCAGGGCAGCCUGAUCCUGCCCGGGUCCCUCACGGCCAGCUUGGAGUGCGUCAAGCCGGAGACGCCCAGGCCCCCGGACCAGGCUGGAGACCCCAGCAAGGACAGUCCGAGAGACCCCGCAGGUGAGCUCCGAGGGGGAGAGGAGGUGGCCGCCCCGGCGCCUGCGGCUCCAGCCAGGAAGUCCGGAGAGCCCGUGAGCCCCGGGGUGCGGAACCACAGAGACCCCCGGGGCCAGAUCGCUGCGGGGGAGAAGCCCCCGGGACCCCCCGAGCCUGGGGCCGGCGAGGUGCAGCCGGCCGAGGACGCCUCCGGAACAGGUGACGUUCUGAUAAAGACGGUCCCCCUUGUUGACUCUGAAGGUGGCAGUGGCCGCGAGUCUGCUGCCCCCGACCCUUCCUCUAUUGAUCCGCCCUCAGAGCCAUCGAUUGAUCGUAUUUGUUUGAUGUUUUCUGACGUGACUUCACUGAAAAGCUUUGACUCUCUUACAGGCUGUGGAGAUAUUAUUGCAGACCAAGAGGAGGAGGCAGGUGCCGGCUGUGACAAGAGCGCCCCUGGGCCGGGCAAGCCAGUGCUCUCCAAAAAGACCCCCGGCAUGGUGGCCUACCAAGGCGGCGGGGAGGAGAUGGCAAGCCCGGACGAGGUGGACGACACCUACCUCCAGGAGUUCUGGGACAUGCUCUCCCAGACCGAAGAUCAAGGGCAAGGGCCCCAGGAGGUCGCGGCGCCGGAGGCCAAGGCGGGACCCGAGGCCUCCAAAGACGCCCGGUGCGCGCAAGCGGCCAGGGACGUGUCCUCGGUCAAGCGCAGGAGGCUCAGCCGGAUCCCCGUCGAGCUCCAGCCGAAGGAGGAGCCCAAGCGCCCCGAGAAGGAGCAGCAGGAAGGCGUCCCCAACAGCGACGAGGGCUACUGGGAUUCCACCACCCCGGGCCCCGAGGAGGACGGCGCGGGCAGCGGGAAGAAGGCGGGCCUGCCUCGGGACAGCUGCAGCGGCGACGCCCUCUAUGACCUGGACGCCGACCCCGAGGACGCGCCGCCGGCCCUGCCCGCCCACGAGGAGACGUGGUCCGGCCUGUCGCGGUUAAAGCCGGUGUCUCCCAGCACCAUCACCUGUCCCUUGAGAACGCCGGGCAGCUUGCUGAAGGACUCCAAAAUCCCCGUUAGUGUCAAGCACCUGGCGAGCCUUCCGUCCAGCCAUCCCGUGGCGCAGCCGCAGCCAGCCAGGAGCGAGCUGCGCAGAACAAAGAUCCCCGUGUCCAAGGUGCUGGUCCGCAAGGUCAGCGGCCGGGGCCUGGCCGGGACCACCCUGCGGGCGGCCGCCUGCCACGACAGCACCAAAAAGUUGUGAGGGCCCCGGAGGCCAUGAUGGACCACGUGGCGAGGAGUACAACUUCCCACCCGAAGCCACCACGAGGGGUUUGCUGCCCCCGAAGAAAGGCUCUUAGGACCGUCCCUGCUCUAAGGAGGGCUGCGCGCCCCGGGCAGGGGCAGGGUGACACCAGAGAGGCGGGUGCUAUGCUUGGGGUGCUCCUCUCAAGAUAUGUCCCCGAGAAUGAUUUUCCAGCAUUUUUUUUUCUUUUUUACCUUUUGAUCUUUUUUAAUUUUUUUUUUUUUUUUUUUAAUGCACUGAACACUCAGAAGUCACCUUUAUUUGCCUUUGCAGAAAACAGGACCUAACCAAAUCUUUGUAAAUGUCAGAGGGCCAGCAAGACUCACACUGCGAAAAACAAGAUCCUUCUUCUUCCAGAACACUUUUUUUCCUUCCUUUCCUUUUCCUUUCCAGGGGGAAAAGAAAAAGAUGACUUUGCUGUAUCACUGUGUGGGAAACAACCUACAAAGCUGAAAGAGCCAUGUAUUUUCUUGAUGAGCAGAGGGAAUCAUUGAUUGGCAGCAAACUUCCAUACUUUCCAUUACUAGGUAUGAAAAUAGGUUAACUAUCUACCACUAGCAAAAUAGAGGAGAGUUUCUAUGUGUUUGGUUUAGACAAUCUGUUUGAGGAGAAAUACUUGGCUCCGCAGAACAGAUUUUUGCUUUUAUUUUAUUUUUCUCACCCAGUGCAAAAAUCAGGAUCAGGGAACUAUUUCACUAAUUGCUGAUAGGUACAGUAUUUUAGCAUUUAUAAACUGGAACUUUCAAUGUGUAGUUAAUGCUACAUAUUUUACAGUUUAUCCGGAUGUUAACAUUUAUAGUCUGCCAGUAAACUAGAAUUUAAAAUCUGGCUUUUUGCUAGAUACGAUGACAGUCCCCAAACCAUUGAUGUUCAUUUAUGUAUCAUAACCUGAAGCAACUCUGUUUUUGUUUUAUAUGGGUUCUCCGGCUCUCAAAAGAAAAAAAAAAAAAUCUAUUGUGCUCAUGUCACAGAGGAUGGGUUUUGCCUUGUCUUAGGUAAGGGUCUACUUGUUUUUCACUCCAGACCCUGAUUUUCAGAGAUUUUACCUUGGUUAUAAAAUUUUGGAUCCAACCACUCCUCAGUAUGGGAGUCCAAAUUGAAGAUCACAAAAAGGAAAACAAUGGAAAAAAUAUAGCUUUUCCUGUCAUUUUACUUUUGCUUUAUAUAACUAUGACCAAGACAGGUGUCUUCAGAAUAUAAUAUUAGCAAGCAAUGUAUCAUAAACACUUUAUACCAAGAUUUUUUGAAAAGUGGUUUACUUAUAUGUAUGUUUUCUACUAUUUCAGAGGAAACAUUUAUUUCAGAAAGGUUUACUAUAUGCCUAGUUAGUUUGGAUAAUAAACUGAAGCAGUUCCUAGAAUGCUAUUUGAGUUUAAUGAUUAAAUUCAUAUGCUUUUUGAAAUGCAUUUCAGUGUAUUUAAUCAACAGAUCAGAGCUUCUGUUAGAAGGUAUCAGGAAGAUGAGACUUAUUCAAGUGAAAUUAAUACAUAUCUAAAUGACAUAACCACUUCUAUGUAAGUCUUGUCUUCCAGAGAGAUUGCCUAAAUGAUGAAUUGGUAGUUUGUUUUCUGCUUUAUAAAGGAAAGAUGAAGGCAAAUUAAAUAUAUGAAAACUAUUUUAAUAAUAUUAAGGAAGUAACAAAGUAAACAGGCAUCAAGGGAAAACAAAUUUGAGCCAGAAGCACAAAGCAGGUAGUUCCCCAUUUUGAAUUUGCAGUGACUCAAUUAGAAGAGGUGAUAGAGGUUUGCUGAAUUUCUUAGCUGCUUCUUUGUUAGUCACAUUACUGGUGUUUAUUGAAUUGUGUCAGAUCCUUAAUGUUAUUUCAAAGUGAUGUUUUAAUAUUUAAUUUCCUUCUCAUGUCUAUAGAUGAGGCCCUACACUCAGAUAUAGCCUUAAGCCUUCUGAAUUCAUCACCAGGACUUCAUAGAAGCACAACACACUCACACAUGUUCAUGCCCUCACUUAACCAAUGCAAACUAACCGACAAAAGAAGUCUACGAUAGCUCUAGAAAUAAUUUCGGAAUUAUUUCUGUCUUGAGAAAGGGAGUUGAAUUUGAUUGAAUACUAAUGUACUAUUUAGACUCCAAAUACAUUCAUUUUUCCCCAGUGAAUGGAGAGAACAUAAAUUUUAUUAUUAGCAGUAAAACAAAGGAUCUUCGUUUGCUUCUUGUGCAUUUUCAUGCAUAGGUUACAUUCUCCUUCGCAUGAAUCCAUGGCAAAGUUACAUUUGUCCAAUUGUGGGCAAGUUAAAAGUACCUGGAGAAUUGGUGAGAGUAUUGUAAAAGCAACGGCAAUCUGUUUCUUAAGCACUCGAAGAAACUAUUUUGCUUUCACAAUUUUAGGACUUAUUUCUGCAUUGACACCACUUUACCGCAUCCUCUUUAGGAUAAGUAAAAGAAAGCAUUAGCAAAGUUUUACCUUCAUUUCCCCUUGCCUGUAAAUUAACCAGUUAUACAAGAUUUAAAAUACUUCUUUUCUUUUUCCACGUAUUUUCCAAGGUUUUUUUUCGCUCAAUAUAUCUUUAAAGAAUUCCACCCAUACCAAUCAAAUGAAGCCUUCAGGCAAUGAAUCAAAUGGCCAUAGUAACUUGUUCGGAAAAGUGCUGAGGUAACAAGAAGAUUGGAUGAUCAACCUUCCCACCUGUGGAAAAGGGAUCACUGUACAAGGUUAUAGUGGCUUUCUGGUGCCAAGGGUUACUUUCUCAUUGAUCUUCAUGGAGAUUGUUUUUUUAUUGGUGUUUAGGAUUUUAAUAGGUUUAUUUUCCAAAUUGCUAUUUGUACAUUAUUUAAUUACCUUGUGAGGAUUAUACAGGCCCAGAAUUGCUGAUGCUUUAAGGAAAGUAAUGAAUAUGGGUAUGUAUGAGUCUAAGACACUUGGUUGAUUAAGACAUUUUGGUCAAGGAGCUUGGAAAAUAAGGAAAAAGUCGAAUCAAUUAUUUGCCCUGAAGUUAGUUGGCUUAUUAGCUCUGUGUAGACAGCCUCUCUUUAAUAUCUACAUCAUACAUAUGUUACCUGAAACACUCCGCUUUAGUAUUAAUAGUGACUGGUGCUUUUAUUCUUCCAUUUGCACCCAUGGGAGAAAGUUUACUACAGAAUUUAGAUAAUCACAAGAGGAAAUAGAUUUUUAUGUCACCUAAUAACAAUGGAACAUAGAACAUUAAGGACUCCCCUUAGAUACAUUUUCCACUAAUUGUCUGCCUAUUAAGUACAACACGUUUCACACCUAUGAAAGUGACAACUUACUGAGUUUAAUGGGUCUAUUCAUUCAUCUCAGAGGUAGUUUUCAAGUAUUUGCCUUUGAAAGUACUUUGCUUACACUAUUGUCAAGGACAAAAGGCUGUAUCAGGUAUCAAGAUUUCUUUGACCUUUCUUUGAGUUUGCAGUAUUUCCACGUUGGUGUAGAAUCUUUCUCCAUGUGACUUUGCACUGUUAAGUUUGUAUGAAGUUAUCAUUCACGUGGUUUCUUCCCUGGACCUCUGUUUUCAUCCUCACAGCUUAAUGCCCUCAGACGUCACUAAUGGGAUAUUUCACACUGACCAUGUGUGCCAUGGAACUCAUUACCUCUUGUGGGUAUACCAAAUCUCUUUCUUGAAUUAUAAAUAUAUUUGGCUUCUACUAAGACAUGUUCCAAUAUAUUCACAUAUAUUUUGCUCCCCUAUCACGAGAUUAAUCCAGAGAAGCUUAUACUCUUAAACAUUAGGAAAAAGCAUCACAAUGUCCUCUUCUCACCAUUGAGGACAGCCACCCAAAGUACCUGUAGGAAAUGGGGAGAAGCUCACCAGCCUCAACCCCACCCAGCUCCCCUUCUCCCUUCUCCAGUGAGGCCAGAGAAAGAGCCCCACACUUCUUAUUUAAGUAAAGUCACCCAGAGAAAAUUUCAAAUCAUUAAAAAAAUAUAUUUAUGAAAUAAUUCAGGCUAUUGUGACUAGUAUGGCAGACUGGGGAGCUUUUAUAGUCUGUGUGGAGAAACGAGGCAGGCACUUCAUAAAAAUAAGCAAGCUGUCACAUUGUCUGGGUAGUAUGGAAGUGUGGUUCCCCCUCAAAGGCAGCCAUUGAUUUUGUGACCUCAUCCUGCUCUGAAGAUUUUCUGACACUGUCUUGGAUUGUGCCUCAGAAGCCUUUUCACUGCGAUAAUGGUUUAAAAGAGACAGUUUGUUGCAACAAUAACCACUCAUAAGGAAUGUUAUUAUCUCCCUGCAGAUAAAUGUUUUUAAAGGGUGAUUCAGAAUGAUGGUUUCAUGAUUAUGGAAAGGAGUUCCUCUUCAAAUUGAAAAAGGAAAGAUUAAAAUAGUCACAAACCUCCAGAACUGAGACAUGUCUUACUAUGGAUAUUAGCUUUCAUUCAAUGCAACACAUAUUUAUUGGGCAUAUGCUGUACCGAAUACUUAAUAAUCCCCAUUAAGUUGGAACUCACACACAGCUGUACUGUAACUGGAUUUUAAUAUUCAUUAAAAAUACUUUUAUUUUACUUUACCUCCCCUUUUUUGGUAUUUGUAUUUGUUGCUUAUAGUUUGUAGGGUGGAGCAGAGUGGGGUGAGUUUGGGGAAGGGUGGUGUGGAUUAUGCCACACAAAUUCCUCUAAAAUUGAUAAUGAUAAUUAUGACAAUGAUUAACAUUCAUUGUGUACUUACAUGUGCCAGCCACUGCUAAGAGCUUUAUAAAUAUUUUCUAACUUAGUCCUCUUAGCUGCCAUAUGGGGUAGGUAAAAAUAUUGUCUCCCUAGUAUGUCAUUUUUAAUUCUAGCUUUUGUGUUUCUUUUUAUUCCUGUCUUAUUUUUUCUUAGUUUCUGGGACAGAGAUAUAAACUCAAUAGUGACUGUAGAAUCCAGGAAGGUUAAAAUUGCUUUGUGUCAGAGAUUACAGCGUCCACCAUCACUUAAAGCAGGAUGUGCUACUAUUUUACAGUUAGUAGGCAAACAAGCUGCUUGCUUUGUAGAUACCUUCUCUGCAGGAUUAACCCUGAAAGAAGAGACAGAAAGCUCUUCUGUUGUCAUGGUGAUACUGCUUCCCUGAUAGAAUUUCAGUCAUUCCCAGCACGUUUCACUUUUUGUUUUUCCACCUUACGCCCCUUCUAGACUCAUUCUUGGUGUUCUGUGUUCUUUGUUAAAAUGGUAGCUGGCUUCGUUAUUCCUCGCCUGGAUGCAAUUCUUCAUUCUAGACGAGAACCUGGCUCCUUCAAAGUAGCACAUCCUAUAUUCCGUCUACAGCCAUUGAAUUCUGGCCCAUAUUUUCUGAUUAAUUCAUGCACCUAACAUUUAUUGAACACCUUCUAUGUGUCAGUCCUUGUAUAUUUGAGCAUUUUAUUAUUAAUUCAAAUAACUGACAUACACUAUGUAUUCAAUAUGUGCCAGUAGUGAUGCUCUGUGCUUUCUUUUGUUUUGUUAUCUUUGUUCACAAAAACCAUGGAAGGUAGUAUUGGCUCCACCCAAGAGAGGAAAAAAAUGAUGCUUGGAAAGGCUAAGUACAUUGCCCAAAGUCAGCUAUUUAAUAAGUAACAGGGACAGAAUUCGAGCCAGAAAUCUAACUCUAAAGCUCAUGCUUUAAUUAUAAAUCCUUUUUUAGCCAUAAGAUUCCAUUUUUGUGUAAUUUGUUUAAAGUAAGAAACUGAUCAAUGUUCUAAAUUGCGAGAGCCAAAUCAGACUUUUAUGAUUUUGGAUAGCAUUAAAAUGAUGACUAUUUUAGUUAAAAGUGAUCUUGCUGUUUUUUUUUUGUUUUUUUUUUUUUAAUUAUUUGGGGUUUUUAAAAAAUUACUUAACAGCUUUUAUAUAAUAUAAAUUACAUGAAAGUCUAAAAGUUAGAUCUCAGAGUUUAGCAGGUAUUUUUCUCACCAGGUAGGCCAGCCAAAAUUUUGGGCCAUAUCCUCCAAUUAUUUUAGAGCUACAUAUUAGUAGGUCUACAUACAGAUUUUAUAACUGAUGAGGGCUUUUUAAAUAAUAAAACCAGCACAUGAAAUUUCAGUCAUGAUUCUGGCAGGUUGUAACUUGAGCUUUCUUCCACUUUUGGUAUUUAGGCAAAAUCAGUUUGAAACCAUAUAGCUGUCACAAUUAAUGAGGUUGGUUUUACUAAAUGUGUGCUGGUCAAAUGCUUUUUUCCUGAAUUUUAAACCUCAUUUUAAUGAGAUGCAGUGGAAGAGUUCAAUAACGGGUAGUCAUUCUAUUGAAUUGUAUACUGGAGUAACUUUUGGAAAUUAUUUAAUGAUCAGGUAGAGUAACUUUAUGCUCUAUGUGAGAAGAUAUAUUUUUAAUAGACUAUAAGCUAAGCUACUGACAAAUGGAUAUAAAUGUAUUCCAUGUAAUAAAUGGAAGCAGAAAUACUAAAAAUGUCUGAUUAAACAGCACAGGAGCAUUGAGUAGACAUAUAGUAACACUGGUUAACAAGUCACAAAAUGGCCCCUCAUAGCCUAAAGGAAAUAAUGUACUUUCUUAAAUAUCUACAUUGCAACCAUUUAUCCCCCACUACACAUUUAUUUCUAAAUAAAGGAAAGAGAAACUCUAAAGAAAUAAUAUUUAACAUUUUCUUCAUUAAAUUUAACAUGGCAGAUCUGGUAGUGGUAGAUUUAUCAGAAAUAUUAGGGAAAAUGGUUUUGAUGUUACAGCCAGAGUAAGUUCCUCUCAUUUUUACUUGACACCAGCUACCAAACAGACUUAUUGUUAACUUCAGGUUUUGCCCAAGUUAUUUAUGUAAAGUAUCUCAGUGCAAAACAAGCACUUGUAGGUUAUUUGAAGACAAUGAUAAAGAAAACCCAGAUGAGGAACUCCAUUUGUAUCAUUAAUUUUCUGAAAGUCAGGUAUGUCCUUGAGGACAAGCUUGUGGCUGUAUUAUUUUUGUGCACAGGAGGAAAAUUGUUAGUAGGUUUAUAGAUAUUAUUUUUAUAAUAGAGUGUUAGACUCUCCAAAAAUAUUGAAAAUGGUCUCUGAGAACUACUCUAUGUUUUAAAACUUGUUUUAAAAAUAAUUCUAAAUUGUGAUAUUCUUUUUCCCCUUUCUCUGCUCCAAUGGCUAAUGAGACAGAUGAAUCAAUGUUUAUAUUUUUAAACCUGUAAAUAUUUUAUUUUGAGUAUUUUGUAUAUCUGUUGAUAUAAUUCCAUUUUAUGUGUAUGUACCAUUGUGCAUGUUACUGUUUUUUUUGAUAGUCACUCUUUUCAUGAAUGUAAGAAGCUUGGACUAAUAGCACUUUUCUUGUUUCAUUCGAACCUCUUAAAAUGAAAAUAUGACUGCCAUUUUAACUGUUGUGUUUAAUUCAGCCAAUAAAUUUUGUUGUCCCUUUGCAUCUAAA